CAACCCUUCUCAUCUCCACCGCAAUCACUUGCCAUUCAAUCAUCACCAAACGUGUAUCUUCGUAAUCAGCGCUAUUGCUUGCCUAUCCGCGAAUCCCAAUUACCUGUCGUUGAGCCGAAUUGCGUCGGCCUUGCGACAUGGAGCCUUCCUCGAAGAAACGUCGACUUGCUCCGAAACUGGCAGAACAAGCCCAUGAACAGGCCCAGUCGGCUCGAUUCGACUACAAAACCAUACCUCCUCCACAAGAUGCCGUACCUCCUCCCGAGCGGAAAGACUUCGAGUCUUUCGCGCGUCACCUCCAAGAUGCUGCGAUGCUCAUCUAUGCACAAGCCAAUCAAUCCCCAUAUACAAGCGUCUCGGUCCUCCUCUUGCGAUGGGAAGAUGAUUUGAGCGUUGAUCAGGAUUUGCAACAACUCCAAAAGCUCUUCCGCGAGCGCUUCAACUUCCGGACCGAGUCUUGGUGUAUACCCAGCUGUCCGAAUCCAAGCAUGAAACUCACCAUGCACAUGGCACAACACCUCGAAUAUUCAAGACCUGAUCACUUGUGGAUCGUAUACUAUGUCGGUUAUGGAUUUAUGGGUUCAGAUCAUAAUUUAUACUGGGCUUGCAAUCCUCGAGAUGAUUCUUCCAAACUUAAAUGGGAUGGCGUCAGAUGUCUCCUCGAAGAUGCCCAGUCCGAUAUUCUCCUCCUACUCGACACAUGUGCGGUUGCCGACGCUCCUACUGCUGGAAGUCAUGGUAUUAAGCAAGCUAUUGCGGCAUACAGCCCCGAUCAGAUCACCAAGGAGCCAGGAGCACGCUCUUUUACAUUCAACCUCAUCGAAGCUCUAAGCAGACUCGGCACUGGUCGGCCUUUUAGUACACAGCGCUUGCACGAGGAGAUUAUUUCCAUGCAGCAUAAUAAGUUCUUGCAAACAUCUGGUCUGACCAAUGGGUCAAGUAAACCUCCACCCGGCCGAGAAAGAAUGCCUGUUGUUUUCUCAUUGACUCCAGGUGCAAUGCAAAGCAUUACGAUCUCACCAAUUGUUCAGCAACCACCUGGCGGUUCGCUUAUACCGUCCCCUCUGGGUUCUCCUGACAAUGAUCUACUACCAUCCAGAAGCCUCCACAACGAGCAACAACUGCUGAAGAUUAGCUCAAAUUCCGAUCUUACAUUUGAAGAGAUGAGAGCUUUGGUUUGCACAACUUUUCUUGGUGAACCCAGUCAAGAGAUGGCUUCGUUUAAACAGUGGCUUCUGAAUACUCCGAUCGCAGCUGCAAAGAUUGCCGUGGAAGGCAUGUUUCAUGGACCGCCAACCGUACUCUUGGUUUCUAUGCCAAUCGCUAUCUGGAAUGUGGUUGCUGCAGAUCGUACAUGUGCCUUUCUGGGCUAUGUAAAUUCACAUAACAUGACGACCGAAUAUCAACGUCUGAUCGGCGGGAUGUCGCCCAUCGCAAAGACCGCAACCUUCAAAGAACUCGAAGAUGGCAAGAUUCUUCUUGAGGCCCGUCAAGCUGCUACCUCGACUCCUCUCUUGAAUCGACAUGAGCCUCGUCCAGAAUUAAUGCAGCAGGAUCCGAUGCGCCAAAGCAUGGGACAAGAUGGCAUCUCAAUGGGAACGCCCAAUCCUGUUCCUCAGGUUGUAUUUCAAAAUGUGGAGCAACCAGUCAUUCCUGACCACAAAGAUGAGGUUGAAGAUUCUGUCGAGAUGCAUGAAGCCGCAGAACAGCUGAAGGCACUUAGCCACGUCCGACACCUAAGUCACGAUCACGCCAAUAGCGAACGUAAUCAAUCACAUAUACCAUCUGAAGAAUCCCCUGGGUUACGAAGUGGUCGAGAGGGGUCUGCAUCAUCACACGAUCAGAAUGAUUCGGGUGGGGAAGACCAAAUGUACAAUUCCGAGUACAACUCACCUCGACCAAAACCUCGAAGAUCUAUCCAGAAACAAGGCCCCAAGCAGGACACUCGAUGCUCUCUGUGUAGCCAUGCUCCUUUCAAGGACUCUUCCUCACUCCGAAAGCACAUUGCUGCAGCUCAUACCCGACCUUUUCCCUGCGCCUUCUCUUUCGCUGGUUGUACUAGUACUUUCGGAUCAAAGAAUGAGUGGAAACGACAUAUUGCCUCGCAGCAUCUCUGCCUAACGUAUUAUCGCUGCUCUUCCUGUCCACAAAGUACUGUCGAAGGCAAAGGCAACGAGUUCAACCGCAAGGAUCUGUUCACACAGCAUCUUCGUCGGAUGCACGCCCCUUUUGCUAUCAAGAAGGCCAUUGCAAAGGGCGACAGCAAGCUACAGCUAGAGUGGGAGACGCAUGUAAAAGAUAUGCAAACCAGCUGUUUAGUAACACGUCGACAGCCACCACAACGAUCUGCGUGCCCCAAACCUGAUUGCUCUAAUGUUUUCGAGGGUACCGGCAGCUGGGAUGACUGGACUGAGCAUGUAGGUCGUCACAUGGAGAAAGGUGAGGCUGGCAGACUUGGUGUAGAUAAGUUGCUUGCACGAUGGGCCCUCGAACAGGGCAUUAUCGAACGUAAGGAAGAUGGCGAGUUGAGACUAGUAGGUACCGAAAGAGAAAGUGGUGCUGGAGCUGGUUACUAUAGUGACGGUAACGGCAAUGUGGCACCAAAGCGCGAUAUGGGUGAUGAUGCCAAAGGCGAAGGAGACAGCAUGCUGCUCGACAGUUGACAAUUGCUGCAACAAGCGAUUGACGGAUAAUUUGAUAUUGGGGGAUUAUUAUGGGGUGUUAUGGAGUCGGAGUAAAAGUAUUGCGUCUCCUCAUCUUGGAGUCCCAUGUAUAUUCGUUUUGUCUUUCACUGUUUUUCUAUAUUGCGCUUUUGAAUUUCUGGUCUGGCCGGUCGGUUGGGUAUUGGAUGGAAUGGAGUCUAGCACUACAGUUCCUUCUGUCCUGGCUUUCUUAUAUUGGUGGAUGAGUAGGAUAGCUCGCACUUCAAUGUUUUGGACACUUCAGGCUGUGAUGGAAGAGGAGGAGAAUAUGCAAGAGCAAUCGAGAUAUUCAUGAUUCUACAAACGAGUUGUCGACUCUCGUUGGCUUGGUGCAAUAGGUCUAGAAGUGAUGUUGUUCCUGCUCUCAGCACUGGCUCUUUGUUAUCUGUAUGCUUCGUCCUCUUUCAACCUAUCUUGAUCACGAAUAGCACUUACCUAAGAUUGGUUGGUAUCUCUACGGUCUUAUCUCCUAUGUCCAAUCAUCACACGCUGCAUCGUUGCGACUUGUUUGCUUCUGGAUCUAUCCUUCUUGCCCAGUCGACUUACCGCCCGGAUCAAUUUCCACCCGACCUCUCUGUCUCAAGUCACCCAACUUGAAUAUUUCUAGAGACUUACAAUUGAUAGACAACAGGUUGUUUUCUCUUGUAUCACUCUAGCUGGAAGCUCAACUUGCGAAAAGAGUAUGGUACAUACGACGAUCGCGAGGCGCGGGAGAUCGACAUGCCGAACGUAGAUGGUAGAUCUGCUAGCGAUACGAGGUACUGACUGCCAAGGGAAAAGACUCAGGGCUGAAGCUGUUGGGUACUGUUAGCUGGGUCGGGUAUUGAUUCAUCUCAGUAUUGGUGUUGGUGAUCAACGACUUUCAUUCAGACAUUGGAUGUGGAAGUUGAGGGUUGGGAAUUGGCGCUGGCUGGUGUUGUGGGUGGGGUUGAGGAACGGGCGAUGGCACUCUGUCCUGGCUGGGGUUGGGUUUGUGUCAGAGGCUGUAAGUUUCGGCAGUCGAUCUCUGUAGGUUUACAAGAGAAGGGUAAUUAGAGUGUCACGGCAGUUGGAUAUUUGGGUUUUGAGGUUUUAGGUUGGGCAGGGAAUCAGGAGUUCGUUGCUGUUUGAUUAGGUUGAGAGACUCCUAAUUUUACCUUACGUUUGGAGAUCGGCUUGAACUGAUCGUGCAUCUCCGGUUCCGCUUGAUUGUUGAGCCUAUUAUUGGCUUUGAUACUUACAGUUUCGAGUGGAUACUCAAGCGCUUGAUUUCGAUAGUUUGGAAGUAUAUAUCAUGUAAGGCUGGGGUUGUAUCCUAGGAAUAGAGUUCUUAGACUAGGGCUGGUUUGAAAGGCAGGGAGAACCCAGUUUGAAAUUGUAUCUGCCGAGCUUUCGAACUUAGAUGUUGCCGAAAGUAAUUGGAACCGUUCGUUCAUGCUGGCUCAUUUUUGGGGGGUUGGGUUUGGACGCGAUCAGGAUUUGAGUUUGGAUUAGACAUGGGUGCAGUUCCGCGGGGCUGUCGUUGUGGUCUGACAAUUUUGACAUUAGCUUUUCU